AUGGCUCAAGCAUUCCGUUUGAAAUCGCCCAGCACUCUUGCCGAACUCAAGGAACUUGACAAGGUCGAAGCUGAAGUCGACGGCAUUGAGGGCGGCAAAGUACUCCUCGUCAAGGUUGACGGCAAGAUAUCCGCUGUUAAUGCCAACUGUACUCACUAUGGUGCGCCGCUAAAGAAUGGCGUCCUCACACCUGAAGGCCGUCUGACCUGUCCCUGGCAUGGAGCAUGCUUCAACGUCAAGUCUGGCGACGUCGAAGACUCCCCCGGCCCAGCUGCGUUGCACACCUUCGAUGUCGAGGAAAAGAAUGGCGCGGUCUAUGUCAAGGGGAUAGAGAAGGACAUCAAGGAUGGGAAACGACAAGUGAAGAUUACAACGAAACCCUCUUCGGAGGAUAAAGUUGUGAUUGUUGGAGGGGGAUCAGGGACAUUUGGUGCUCUAAUGAAACUGCGCGAACUCGGCUAUCCAGGCAAAGUCACCGUCAUUUCCAACGAAGGAUAUCCCAUAGAUCGGACCAAGCUCUCCAAAGCCCUCAUCACAGAUGCCUCCAAGAUCUACCUUCAGCCUGAACAGUGGUAUGCCGACGGCAGCAUCAGCUUCGAAUCAGACACUGCCACCUCAAUCGAUUUCUCUUCGAAGGAAGUCAAGACAAAACUUGGGAAGUCACAUCCCUAUACCAAACUUAUCCUGGCCAGUGGUGGCACGCCAAGACAACUGCCAUUGCCUGGUUUCAAAGAUCUCUCCAACAUCUUCCUCCUACGACAAGUUCAGGACACUCAACAAAUUGUCGAUGCUGUUGGUGACAAAGGCAAGAAAAUUGUUAUUGUUGGUUCCAGCUUUAUCGGAAUGGAGGUCGCCAACGCCCUUGCCAAGGACAACACUGUGUCCAUUGUAGGCAUGGAAGCAGCACCACUCGAGCGUGUGAUGGGCAAGGAGGUCGGCGAGAUCUUCCAGAAAUCACUUGAGAAGAAUGGGGCCAAGUUUUACAUGAAUGCCAGUGUAGACUCCGCGGUUCCAGCCUCCAAGGCUGCAAAUGUAGUCGGGCUCAGCUCAGUCGGUGCGGUCAAGCUGAAGGACGGCACAGAACUAGAAGCGGACCUUGUCAUACUCGGCAUUGGUGUCAGGCCUGCAACGGACUACCUGCAAGACAACUCUGCGAUCAAGCUGGAGAAGGAUGGAAGCGUGGCAGUGGAUGAGAACUUUGCCGUCAAGGGUCUUUCUGAUGUCUGGGCCAUUGGAGAUAUUGCCACCUACCCUUACCACGGUCCAGGUGGAGGUGGUUCGCCAGUUCGGAUAGAGCACUGGAACGUGGCGCAAAAUCAAGGCCGCACGGUGGGUGCAUUGAUCGCCAAACCCAACCUGAAGCCCAAGCCAUUCAUCCCCAUCUUCUGGUCUGCGCUUGGUACUCAGUUGCGGUAUUGCGGCAACACUGUUAAUGGCUACGACGAUCUCAUCCUCAAAGGCGAGCCCGAGAACAGCAAAUUCGUCGCUUACUAUACCAAGGGUGAGGAGGUUGUUGCGCUGGCUAGCAUGCAGUGGGAUCCUGUUAUGUCCAAGACCGCUGAGCUCAUGCGGAGAGGCAAGAUGUUGAGCAAGUCUGAUAUCCAAGCGAACAAAGACCCCUUGCAGGCAAACUUGUAA